AUGUUGAAGGAAUAUCUGGUCGCAGGCAUUCUGCUUGCUUCGCCUCUGUUGGCGGUAGCACAAGACCUCAUCCCUCCGAUUCUUGAAAAAGCUGAUUCUUUUGUGGAAGAGACUUGGUCUGUUGACUCGAGUCCAAAAGUCAUUUACAUCGAUAAUAAGUUUGCGUCUGUGUCGGAUGACGAUGGUCUUACUUUGAUUCCACCUACUGCCCACGAGUUCGCGACAACCUUUCAAGAUGAUCUUGCAAAGAUCACGGGAUCCAACUGGACGUUGAAGCGCGUCGACUCCCUUCCCAACAACGCAAGUGGAAUCUCUCUUGGUUCAUACACCGGUGAAUCUUCUGAUCUCACAUACGAAAACGGAAAACCAACAUCAGAAGGAUACGAAAUCAUCAUCAACUCCAAUCGCGUAUUCAUCGGUGGAUCAGGCGCUCGAGGAAUGUGGUGGGGAACCAGAACAUUUCUUCAGCUCCUCCUCGCUGGUAAUGGAACGAUUACUAGUACUCUUGGUCGAGAUGCUCCAGCCUAUGCUACCAGAGGAUACAUGCUUGAUGCAGGGAGAAAGUGGUACUCAAAGGACUUUCUCAAAGAGCUGUGCAGCUAUGCUUCGUUCUUCAAGAUGAAUGAGUUUCACUAUCAUCUUAGUGAUAACUAUCCGCUGAACCGUGGCAAGAAUGAGAGUUGGAGGGAUGUCUACUCGCAUUUCUCGCUGUUGCCGGAGGAUGAAUCACUGAGGGGUAUUCUUCAUGGGCGCGAGAAUGAGACACUGUCGAGGGAUGACUUCACGGAACUACAGAGUCACUGUGCUUCUCGAGGUGUCACUGUCAUUCCGGAGAUUGAGGCACCAGGUCAUUCUCUGUAUCUCACGAAAUGGAAACCUGAGCUUGCACUGGCCAAGAAGGACUUGCUGAACUUGACGCACCCGGAUACCUUGCCAACGGUGCAAAGUAUCUGGAAAGAAUUUCUGCCAUGGUUCAAGACGAAAGAAGUCCAUAUUGGCGCCGACGAAUACGACGCCGAACUUGCUGAUGACUACAUCACCUUCGUCAACACAAUGAGCCGUUUCAUAAACUCCACAGCCAACAAGCGAAGUCGGAUCUGGGGCACUCACGAACCUUCAAAACGCAACCAAACAAUCGACAAAACCGUCAUCAUCCAGCACUGGCAAUACGGCCAAUCAGACCCCGUGCAACUCGUCAAAGACGGCUACGAUAUCAUCAACUCAGAAGACUGGUGGGCCUACACAAGUCUCAAAAACGACCACAUGCCCAUCCUCCCAGCGCGCUACCCACAGUUCUUCAACGAGAGUCGUGUUUUCAACUUUGCGGAUAAGGACGAGUGGCAGUGGACGCCUGCUGAUUUCAACCCUGUGAAUACAAGUCUGCAGCUGGAGAGUGAUGAGGAGAUGUUGAGGGGUGCGACGUUGGCGGUGUGGAAUGAUAAUGGGCCUGAUGCGAGUACGCAGCUUGAGGCGUAUUAUUCGAUGAGGAGGGGUAUUGCGGUUGUGGGAGGGAGGGCGUGGAGUGGGAGUCGGGGACCGAAGUUAGUGGAGGAGACGAGUGAUGGUAGCGUUGACUUUUACUCCCCGAGGGCUCCGGAUCAGAAUCUCGAUAGGCCGCUAUCUCUUGGUGGUAAUGGGACGUUAGUAUCGUGGUCUCGUUCGGAUGGUGAUGGAAAGGAAGUCCAUCUUGGUCAUGGGAGCAAGGGGAUGAACUACACCCUCACACUCUCCAUCACAGGCCCAUUCACCCUCUCUGGUCCCGACAAUACCCUAUCCCUUGACAAUGAUGAAAACUUAAUCUUCACCGCUGAUGGAUGGGAGUAUCCCCUUCGCAAAGUCACAAAAGACGACGCCCUCGAUCUUGACCCCGGAGCUCCAGGUCGUAUCUGGGUGAACACUUCAUCCACGCACAAACCCGUCAAAGUCUCUACUCCUACUAACAUCACUCUGGUGACGGACGUGCUGCAUGGAACGGUUUUGUUUACUGAUGGCGAAGUGUUUGACGAGUCAUGCAACUUCGCUGAUGAAGGGUGGAAGAAAGACGCUCUAUAUCCUUUCGUCACGUAUGGCUCUGGGGAGGUCUCAAGGGGGCCAUCGGAUGCCCUCCACGAGGCUCCGUACUCCGCUUCGUGGAUGCAAUGGGUGGUUGUUUCGUGGACUUUAUACGGUGGCCAAUCGCUAGACUAUACCUCCAUGGUGGACAGCCCUGAGUCAGACUACGAGUCGCUUCCCCUUGACGCUGGCGAUCGCGAGUCAGUGCGUGAUGCUGUGCGAGCCUUCAACCUCGAGAUCGAGAGACACAACAUCUCUAAAGCCUAUGACCAGCCUACGUGGCCGAGUGUGGCUGACUUGGUCAAGAUUUCUGAGCUACUUCUCUUCUACGGCAAGGUAGAGCAGCUGAAGCAAGAGAUGCGUUUUGCUGGUAGAUGCCUCAGCGUAGAGUUCUUACCAGGAGAAGAUUGGGGUCUGGAGGUGCUCGUUACCCUCGGCGUCUUUGACCAAGGAGAUGCUUUCAUGUCUCGUAUUCAUCACAACACUACAAAGAGUCAUCCAAGAUUUGCUGCUAAGCUCCUGCAAUUUGAAGCUGAUACAAAUGCCCUAUCUGGUCAUCCUGUCCUCCACGCAUCCAUCCGGAAUAUCACGUACUCCGCAAUGGUGGAUGGGGGCCUCCUGUAUUCACUGCUACAGUACGGCGCCGAUCCUAAUGUUAUAGAGAAAUGGAACUUCCGCCUCCAUCUUCUCAGGACGCAGGUUGACAGAGCCGCCGUCAUCGUCCCAGGGCUUCUACGGCACGGCGCUGACCCGCGUACCAGACAUCAUGAUGUGGAUGUGCUGCACUAUCCUCAAGUUCAUUGGCUUUCUGAUCUAGCCAAACAGCUUCUUAACCUUGGACUCAUCCCGGUGCCCGUGAUGGGCACGGCCAAACUCCUCUGGUGCAUCAGUGGUGGCGGCUAUGGCAAGCUGUUGUGGCUGGCAAAUAUGGCAUCGGUGUAA